UAUAACUUUGCUGAGCAGGUUAUGAAGGGGGAGGGGAAAGGAGAGCAUAGGACUCCGGGCUUUAGAAGGUGGCCAGCCCCAGAACUCCUCUGCCCUCUUUGAAAGCAGGAGCAAGUUGUGCUCAGCGGGAAGAGUGCAAGAAACGACUUGCUAAUGAUGCAGGAAUCUUGUGGCACCUGAAAAAUGAACACUUUUUAAAUUCUAACAGAGACCACCUUGGUAGAUACAUGUCAGACCACAGGCACCUGACGAAGUAGGCUCCAGUCCAUGGAAUCUUAAGGUGGAGUACAAAUUUGUUCAUCUUGUAGGUGCCAAAAGACUCGUGUUCAAAUUGUGGGAGGGGCAGGGCUCUUGUGCGGGGAAACUUUAGUCCCCUGGGGAGGUUUUAGUACCAGUUAGUUCAUGGGUGAGAGUGGAACUGGAGAGCAGGUUUCCAGGCUUCUCAGGGGAAGGUAGAGUUAAUUCCGCCGAUACCUGUUUUGGUCCCUCCCCUCUGGAACUGGUUGGACGGCUUUCCCAGGUCUCUUCCACCUGGACUACUACUCCUCUUCCUUCCCUCGACUGACCAACCUGUGUAGGCCGUUCACCUUUUCUCUCUUUUCUUUUUUUUCUGACACCAACUAACAAGGCCCUGUCUGUGGGUUGCACACUGGCCUUUCCUCUGAAGCUGCCUCUUCGGUUACCUUUGAGACCUGAUCUUCUGUCCCUUACCCAGAUAGCUAGCCCUCCCCACUGUUCUCUCUCACCCCUCCAGCCAGGCUAACCUCAUCCUUUUAGCCCUUAUCUGACCCCUCAAGGCAAGCACUGAAUUAAGAGCGCUCCCACCAACUGGCCCCCAGCCCAUGGGGUCUUCGGGAUUGGGCCGUUGCCGGCUGGCAUUGGUCUUUGCAGUGCUGAUGGAUGCUGCGGGCACGGCAGCACUCCUGACCGGCAUCUUUGCCCGGCUGCGUCUCCGAGGCCGAGAUUUUGGGGACCUUUUGAUAUAUUCCGGAGCGGUGCUGGUGUUUCUGAGUCUUCUGGGCUGGAUCAUGUGGUACACGGGCAAUAUUGAGAUAGCCCCGGAAGAGCUGGCAAGGGACUAUGGCGCCAAGGGAGGCACGUUGGCCCGGCUCGCCAGGAAGAUAUCGCGGACUUGGUCUCGACGCCAGACCAGCGGACUGGCCAUGAGGACAGUUUCAAGUAGCCGGGAAGCAGCGUAAAGGUAGCCAAUCACACUGACUUUGUGAUUAAGGACCCUGUAGGAUGAAUGAAUGAACUCACCAGCAUGGAUGAUGUUCUUGUCCUGGGACCAGAGCUGACCUUUGGCCCACUGAAUAUGAAACAAGGAUGCUGGACUCCUCUCUCCCCAAUCUGACCUAAAGCACGUCCCUGCCACAUCGAGUUUUUGUGUGAAUUCUAUUUUGCAUUUCAAAACACCUUCUUUUCAGUA